AACGGUGGUGAUGCCCAUAGCCAAUGAGUUCUCCCCGGAUGUAGUGCUAGUGUCAGCUGGUUUUGACGCUGUGGAGGGUCAUCAGUCCCCCCUGGGUGGAUAUAAUGUCACCGCCAAAUGUUUCGGCCAUCUCACUAAGCAGUUGAUGAAGUUGGCUGGCGGCCGUGUGGUUUUGGCGCUGGAAGGAGGUCAUGACCUCACCGCCAUCUGUGACGCAUCUGAGUCCUGCGUGGCUGCAUUGCUUGGAGACGAGUUGGAUCCUCUACCACUGACUGUGCUUCAACAGAAACCAUGUCCAAAAGCCACAGCCUCCCUAGAGAGGGUCAUUGAGAUUCAGAGUAAACACUGGACGUCGCUGCAGAGGUUGGCUCCUACAGUGGGUCACUCUCUACUGGAUGCUCAGAGACGGGAGAAGGACGAGGCAGACACUUUGACCGCCAUGGCCUCUCUCACUGUGGACAACGAUCAGCAAAAGACCUCCACAGAAACCAGCAGAUCAGCGGAGGAGCCGAUGGAGGAGGAGCCCGUGUUGUAGAAGAGCGAGCACAGUGCAUCACUGCUCCAACCUUCUUGUCCACGCGUGCUUGGCACUGGUCACCCUGACGUCACGCCUCAUGUUCCUCCUCCCAGCUCUUUGAUUGGUUCCCUCGGUCCUUCACUCAUUUCCAGGUGCUUGACUGACACGUUCACAGCCCACCCACUUCGGCUUUUCUGAGGUUAAAGCAUAGCAAACUGUUGCUGAAAGGGGACGACAAGGCAUGAUGAGUAAUUACAGGACCGCUCCAGUGAGGGUUGUGCGAGCUGGACCGGCCGAACAAUGGAGUGCUCUUCAGAGAGAGGCCUUCGAUUUCAUUUUCUCAUCGUAUUGGACUGAGGACGUAAAGAAGAAAAUGCAAAAAAAAAAAAACGAAAAAACGAAAAAAUUCAAAAGAAGAGGAGGAAGGGAAAAACAGUGUGACAGCACAGGGAGGUUGUCACUCGGAGGGCGAAAAGCUUUGUUUUCUGUACAAAGUAUAUGUACAAAGUUCCAAAAAAAGCCAACAAGCAGCAAAAAUAUUUCAGCACAAAACACACUUAUACACUCAUUCACGAGCAACACGGUUCCCGAAAGAGGAACCUGCUGUGUCGAAACACCUUUUGCAGACAAGUAUACUCGUUUACACUGUACCGUGUCGAUUUUUUUGGUAUACUUGUUCAUCUGUAUAAUAGCCUGUUAUGAAAAGCACACAAACAUACAAGAACUAUAAGUAUAUA